AUGGGAUCCAUGCGCCCUACAGGGCGGUUUCUUUCAUUCACUAAUAACAUCCAGAGGACACAGAAACAGCCAGUGUCUAGUGGCUUUCCACAAAGCCUGUCUGGCAGUGAGACUGAUGUGUCAACAUCUAAUGAGAAUUUAUCCAGAGAGGAGCGGUAUGUUGUACGUCAUACAGCUAGAGUUGAACCACAGGGUCAAGAAAAUCAAAGUCAGACCAGUAACAAUGGAAAUAACAGAAACUCACUCAAGGAAAGUGUGACAGGGAGCAACCGCAACUCUUUAAAGGAUUCUGUAGGAGGUGGCAAUAGUAAUCGGAGUUCAUUAGACGUAUCAUCUUCAUCAUACAACACAUUGAUAAUUCAUAAUCAAGAUGAGUCAUGGCCAACUCGACCAACACCUAUUCGUGAACACGAACGAACAAACAGUGAAGUGAAACACUCAAAUACGCAAUCAUCACCAUACCAUACAUUGAAGAAAAGCGAAGCAGGCAAGAAGCUGAGUGGCAUACCAUUGCCUAAAGCUCAUAAGGAGCAAGCAGUAACGACCAAUGCCAACUACAUUGAUAUUGGCGGACAAAGGAUCUACACCAGCCCUCCUGAUCAUGGAGUACAAGAGAUCACGGAGAUCCCGGACGACUUCCUGAACCAGUCAUCCGUGCUGAAGCACCUGGCGAAGGAGGUGGCGCAGUCGCCAACGCCGCGCGGGCCCACCCCGCCCGCGUCCCCGCGUCACCCCCGUGACCGCAACGCUGCUAAGGACAAGCUUACCAAAGAGAAGCUUAGUUUGUCCAGGUCGCAACCCGAUUUGACAAGCGUGGGGGUGGGCGUGCGCGCGGUGCCGGGCGGGUCGGAGUCGAGCGGCUGGUGCAGCGGCGGCGAGGGCUCGCUGGAGGAGCCCGACGACGCCUUCGCGGCCGUGCUCGACGCGCUCGCCGCCGAGAACCAGCAGCUCAAGCGCCAGCUGGCCGACGCCUGCGAGCGCGUCGCCAAGACCACCAAGUUGGAGGAGGAGGUGGAGAAGGUGCGCAGCGCGCACGAGGAGCUGGUGGGGUCGUGCGAGCGCCGCGAGCGCCUCGAGCGCGCCGCGCGCCUGCGCCUGCAGGCCGACUGCCGCCGCCUGCACGACCUCAACCGCGCGCUCAAGCACCAGGUGGAGCUAUUGUCUCAAGGUGUGAGGACAGAGAACGAAAGCAAUGCCGACGCACUACGGAAAGAGCUGCAGAACCGGGAAAUGCUUAUUGCACAACUCAUUACGCAAAACAAGGAGUUGGCGUGUGCCAAAGAGCGUCAGGAGAUCGAGAUGGCGGCGCAGCGCGCUACCUUGCAGGAACAACGCACACAUAUCGACAUCCUGGACACGGCCCUCACUAACGCUCAGGCCAACGUCGUGAGGUUGGAAGAAGAGUGUCGUCACGCAAGUGGGUAUGUGGAGAGAGUAAUGGGUUUGCAGAGGGCGCUGGCGUCCCUGCAACAAGCGUCCGAUAGGCGUGAACACACCGAGAGGAAACUUCGAGCGCAACUGGAAAAAGAACUACAGACUCUUCGGAAACGAGAAUGCAACUGUGGGGGUGCCAGUCCCACUAACAGUUCAGGCGGAACUGGCAACAGUGCAGGCGGCGAGGCUGAGCUGAGGCGACAGCUGCGAGAGCGCGACGAAAGGUUGCUGGCGCUGGAGGGCGAGUGCGCCAAGUGGGAACAGCGCUACCUGGAGGAGGCCGCGCUGCGCCAGGCCGCCGUAUCCGCCGCCUCCAUACCCAAAGACGUGAAGAUAGCAGCCCUCGAGAAGACGUCUGCGGAGUCCGAGAGACUUAUGGCUGAGGUUCGGACUGAGAAAAUAAGGCACAUGGAUGAGUUGCACUCUGCACAGAAGAAAGUUGCUGAUUUGGAGAGCAGGGUAAAAGAGUUAGAGUCGAAGGUUGCGGAACGCGAUGCAAUGAUCAAAGUUCUUCAGAAGCACACUAGUGCCGCCUACGAUAGUGGAGCUUCAUUAAGAAACAAUUCUAGUCGAGAGGAACUUGUGGGCCUGUCGUCGGGCGCGUCGUUUUCGAGCGCGGAGGGCGUUGGCAGCGUGGGCAGCGUGGGCGGCGUGGGCGGCGUUUCCAGCGGCGUGGCCUCGCGCUACCGCCACCUCGCCCGCCGCAACUACUCGCCGCACAACGACAACACCAGCGGUUGCGGGUUCGACAGCACGUCGCUGCGGCUGGACGAGCAGCUGGCGGCGCUGGAGUCGCGGCUGGAGCGGCCGCCCGUGCCCGCCCGUGGACUUUGCUGCUUCCCUGGGCUGGGCACGGUGGGCGCGCGGGGCGGGCGUGGCGAGGAGGCGCUGCUGCUGGAGCGGCAGGGCCGCGCCUCGCAGCAGACGCGCUCCUCCAGCCUGCCGCCGCCGCCCUCCGCCCUGCCGCGCCCGCCCCGCAAGCCCUCUGCCAGGAACACCAGAUACGAUCGCCUCGACCACAGAGAUACAAGAAAGGACUCGGAUGGAUCAGGUUCAAUUGCGUCAAGUGCGUCUCGCAGCUCCCCACUGCCAUACGACACAGUUCGCAGUUCCAAGUUACCUUCGGUCCCGACAUCCGCUUCUCUGCCUGCGGCUGAGUCCCGGGAGUCGUUAGUCCGCCCCCGGGACUCCAGCUUACCCUCGCCUUCAAAACUCGCAGUUUACGCGGCAGCUAGGCGGCGCUCUGCCGAAUCCGCAAAGGAUAACAAGCGGCCACAACAUCAUUAUAGGAUCCAAUUUUAA